AUGGGCUCAACACAAUUCGGCAAUUUCAAGGACUUCUGUCGCGACUCGACAUUACCCGUCUGCAAUCUCUUUGUGGUGAAUCAACCGCCUAAUGCGAAUUUCAGUGGAUGCGCACUCGACGGUAUCAGUUUGAGUGGGGGUCGCCAUCUCGCCAACUUAGGAUCCAUUCUGAUCGCAUUCAUUGCCAUCUUGGCGUCGCUCUUUAUGCUAUGGAGGUCGGACAAAAAGCAUGCCGCCGUUGGGCGUCGGGAAAUUCAACUGUUUCUGCUAGGAUUCAUCAUCAUCGAGAUCUGUGAGAUUUUCACCGUGGGUGGACUUCCGAUCGAAGAUUCGGUCCGAAAGGGUUUUUCGGCUGUCCACCUUGGCGCAAUCACUGCCACCUGCUGGAUCUUAUUAUUGAAUGCGUUUGUGGGUUUCCAGCUACUUGAUGAUGGCACAGCGGCUUCGAUUGGCCUAAUUUCCGCGUCCGCUAUUGUGCUCUUCAUCGGUACUGGCUAUAUCGCCCUGGAUACUGCAUUUGACUGGUCCGGCCAUUUCGUGGCGAAUAAGGAUACUUACCGCAACAUCGCUCUCUACGUCCUGUACCAACUGUUCCCGCUGGUCUGUCUUGUCGUGUUCUUUGUCCUCGAAUCCGUACUGGUUUUGCGGGUACUGGGAGAGUACCGACCCAUGCUUUAUCUUACCGGUGCCGCUCUCUUGUUCGCCAUUGGUCAGAUCUUUCAAUAUGUGAUCAGUGUUCACCUCUGCGAGGCUUCAGGUGGUGCAAUUAACGGUACCUUGUUUGAGACCCUCUUUACGCUACUCGCCGUAAUUGGCGUCUGGGCUUUCUGGAGCAGUAUCACCGAAGACGACUGGCCUCUGCCCGUCGGGGGUGGAUACAACUGA